AUGGUAAAACAAAGGCGAAGCAGAACUCACUACUAUGCCGUGGCACCUUUUUGUUGCAGAAGAGAGACAUUCAGAACACUGACAGAACCUGCCCACUUCACAGAGGAGACCAGCUGUGACUGUCAAGCUCCACAUGAGAAGCUCACAAUCGCGCAAGCUCGCAAAGGCACCCCAGUGGACCGGCCUGUUCGAGUUUAUGCAGACGGCAUCUUUGAUCUGUUCCACUCUGGACAUGCCCGCGCUCUCAUGCAAGCCAAGAACCUCUUCCCAAACACCUACCUCAUAGUAGGAGUGUGCAGUGAUGAGCUGACCCACAAAUAUAAGGGCUUCACCGUCAUGACGGAGACUGAACGGUACGAGGCCCUUAGACAUUGCCGCUAUGUGGAUGAAGUUUUACGGGAUGCUCCCUGGACUCUCACACCCGACUUCCUGGAGCAACAUAAGAUCGAUUUUGUGGCUCAUGACGAUAUCCCAUACUCCUCUGCAGGAAGUGAGGAUGUCUAUAAACACAUCAAAGAGGCAGGUAUGUUCGUACCGACACAGCGGACAGAAGGCAUCUCGACUUCUGAUAUAAUCACCAGAAUCGUCAGAGACUAUGACGUUUACGCUCGACGCAACCUGCAGCGUGGAUACACAGCCAAAGAGCUAAAUGUCAGCUAUAUCAAUGAAAAGAAGUACAGGCUGCAGAACCAGGUGGACCGUAUGAAGGAAAAGGUGCGCACGGUGGAGGAGAAGAGUAAGCACUUUGUUUAUCGCGUGGAGGAGAAAAGUGCUGACCUCAUUCAGAAAUGGGAGGAAAAAUCCAGGGAAUUCAUCGGCAACUUCCUGGAACUCUUUGGACCUGAUGGAACGUGGAAACAGGUAUUUCAGGAGCGCAGUGGACGAAUGCUUUCAUAUGCCCUGUCUCCUAGAGAGUCUCCUUGCAACAGUCCUCCUCGUGAACUGUCGCCACUGCGCUCCCCCUCGCCCCCCUCACCCCCCACCCGCUGGCACAGUGCUCGACCAUCUCCCCCAACGUCUCCCAAGGGUGCAUCUGCCUCUAUAAGCAGCAUGAGUGAAGGGGACGAAGACGAGAAGUAG